AUGAAAGCAACUAAUCCUAUUUUUUAUUUCUUUUUUGUUUUUACCAAAAUUUGUUUAUUGUAAAACUCUCGAACGCUACCCCCACUGCCCACUACUUUCGACGACUUUUAUUUUUAGUUCCUCUCCUUUUGCAAUCUCGCCGCCGUCUCCGACUCUCUCGUUGCUAUUGUUUCUUAUUUUCGGUUUUUGUUCUGAAGGAAAGAUGGCUAGUGGUAGCCUGAAAAGCCUUGUAACAUCAGCAGUUACUGUUGGUGUGACGGAAGCUAGAGCGAGGAUAUUUGGACAUAUGCUUAACCCAACAGGACAGAGGUCUUCUCAUAAGAUCUUAAGGAAGAAGCUUUUUGGUGAUAAGGUUGCAGAGUGGUAUCCAUAUGACAUUAAGAAUGAGGAUCCCAAUGUCUUGGCUAGAGAAGAAAAAGAGCGCUUAUCGAAGCUUGAGAUGUUGAAGCGUCGUGACAAAGGACCACCAAAGAAGGGUCAAGGAAGACGUGCUGCGAAGCGUAACAAGUAG